AUGGACGAGGCUCCUAAUGGCAGAAAGUCGACCAAGCUUUCUAUUCACCAUCCUCACGAGCCGAACUGUGCCAUUGUAGGCGUGCUCGAGCAACUCUCCCCGCACCAGUCCACCCAAGGUCGAAGGAUCGCAUUGCUUCUGCAUGGUUCCUUAGGACACAAAGACUACCUGUUCCUCAAACCUCUCGCACUCCGAUUGCCCAUGGACAAUUUCCGCUUUGAUUUCCGUGCCAACCAUGAGACUCCAGGAACAUGGAGAUUUGGCAGUGUACUCAAUGACUGCGUCGAUAUCCAGGUAGUCGUCGAUUAUUUGACUAAGGAAUAUGGCUAUAUAGUCGACCUUGUCGUGGGACACUCUCGCGGCAGUGUCGCAGGGCUGCUAUGGCUGUGCAAAGCCGAGGAGAGUAAGCACGUUAGAGGCUUCAUCAAUGUGUCGGGGCGAUACAGGAUGAAGAUAAUUUACGAUCACCUCCUGGAUCAAGAGAACAAGCAAUCUCUGAAGACACGGGGCUACUUUGAGAUGAAAGCUACCGUCGCCCGCAAGCCGUUCGUGGGCCGGGUUACUCGUCCGGAUCUUGACGAUUUUGCCAAUACGGAUACAUCUGUGGCUUGGACUCGCUUUCCAUCGUCAAUAGACGUGCUCACAAUUCACGGAAUUAGGGAUGGAGUUGUCCCCGUAUAUGAUGCGAUUAUCUACGCACAAGCGUACGGCGGUCGAACUCCGGGCACACACACUCUGCAUCUCGUAGAGCGUGCCGACCACAACUUCACCGGACUUUCAGAAGAGGUAGUGUCCAUUAUACUGCAAUGGUGGCAGAAGGUGGAACACCGAGAAGUCAAGACGGGUUUGUGGGAUAUAGGGUGUAGAGGGAGUUCCAAAUUGUAG